AAAGGUGUAAAAUUCGUGAGUGUGCAGUAUUUGUAAGAAAAACAGGUAGCUAACAAAAGGAAACGGUGAAACAAUAAAAUUAAUUAUCCCCUUAUCAUCUAUAUACGAUAAGAAAACCGAUAAUUUUGGAAAGAAUUGAUAGCAAAACGUGUAUGUUCGCAAGUUAGAGUCAGUCAAUGAGGGAAUAUAUUGCGAAUAACACGAUUUUUAGGAUUCUAGAAUCCAGUAUAGAGAUAAUUAUCAAAAAAAAUUAAUAAAAAGAUGUGUAUGAGAACAACUUGAACAGUUUUAACCAGGAAUAGAUCCCGGAGAUUGUCCUUUGGGACGCACUGAGGGCACUUGAGGGCUGAUUUUAUUAAAAGUGUUUGUGCAUGAUUUUCUUAUAAGAGUGAAUCAUCAGAACGAAAUGAGUCCCAAUGUGAGAGAUAUAGUGAUUUUAGUGGUGUUUGUGGGGACUUUUGUACAAAUGAUUGAGUGUCCGGAUAUUUGGAGGAGAAAGAGGCACGUUGUGAUAGAAAUUGGCACGGAAACGCAUCAACAAGAACGGUCUGGUGAACGUCACGUUGAGGAUUUAGAAAAUGUGAACAGCCAAGGCCAACGUUAUCACAUCAACAGCCACAAUUUAGAUAGCAAAAUACCGACAAAUUUUAUCCCGGACAACAGAUUAGUUGAUGAAUUAUUGGUGGGUGCCAGUGGUGACAAUUCCGCACAAACAAUUGAUCAUUUUGCGUCUCCGGCGGAUUUGGUGACUACUGAAAAACUUCCAGUGGAAUAUGGUGAAACAUCUCAACAGGGACCUCAAUCGGAGGAAUAUCAAGGGUCUGGAGAAUAUUUAGGAGUAGAGCUUGAGACUAGUCGUCCGGAUUGUAUUCUUGGGCCGGCAGAAAUUUACCUAUCUUGGUGGCUACACAACGAUGGAAGUCUGAGAACAAGUGCACCCAGAAGACCCGAGAAUUCCCUCUUCCUGGAUUUAUCAGCCAUGAGACUGAGUGAGUCAAAAAUCUAUGAGAAAAUUCUACAACGCCUCCAUGAGCGACAAUUGGGCAGCUUCCCCAUAGUCUUCCUAUCGAUUGCCAAAAAUGGAUUAUCUCGUAUACCAUUUGAAAGUCUACAAUUGGUCACGGGAAGUCUAGAAUACCUAUCACUGACUGGAAAUUACUUUAAAACUCUCGAUAAUGAGAUUUAUUCAUUCCAGCCCAAUUCUUCUGAGCACCCAAUAUUUCCAGCUUUAGAGCAACUCAAGGAGCUUGAUGUGCGAAGUUGUUUCAUUGAGACAAUUGCAAAUGGGGCCUUUGAGGGCCUAACAAGCCUCCGAAAGCUCUAUCUGUCCCACAAUCGAAUAACAGAGCUAUCUGGGGAGACUUUUUCAUCUCUGCCUCGUCUGAUGCACCUCGAUGUGGCAUUUAAUACGCCAGAAUUAUGGGAGACACCAUAUCACAUGGACGAUGCCCUCGAGAGAGCUAUUGGUGGAGUUCGACUUGCUCCAGAUACUUUUGCUGGACUUGAAAAGUUGAAGUUCCUGGAUUUUUCACACACAAGAGUGGAAGCGGCCAGUACCCAUGCUUUCAGUAGACUCCCUCGACUUGUCCAGCAGUUGAGCCUUUGUCAUACUGGCGUCCAAAUUAUUGGGUACGGAAUGUUCAACGGAACGAAUCUUCAAGUGUUGGAUAUAUCGGGAAAUCCCGCUCUCACGAGCAACAUGAAAGUCAAUACAUUUGAAGGCCUCGAAGAUAAGCUAGAAAUCCUGUCGUUCCAGGACUCAAAUGUUAAACACCUUUCUUGGCUUCAACAUCUUCGAAAGUUAAGAAUGCUGAUGCUACGUGGAAAUAACAUAAAUCAACUAACCAACACAACAUUUAUCCAUACGCCUCAACUGGAAAUUCUAGAUCUCAGUGCGAAUCACAUUGGAAAUUGGUACUUUCGGGUUUUUGAGAAGAACCAACUCCUUCGUAUCCUGAAUCUUCGAGAGAACAAUAUCAAUAUGAUGACUCAUCAGAUGCUAGAUGAUUUCGAGAGGCUAGAAUUUUUGGGCUUAGGCAAGAAUGACUUCAUCUGUAACUGCAUCCUGAGAGAAUUUAUUGAUAUGGCUGCCAAUAACAAUCGCCCAAUCAAUUGCACAAUCUACGUAAAUCCAAUGCCAGACAUUAAUGACUUUCUCAUUGAAGAAGUCAUUCAGCAUUACCAUGAUAAUAUUGAUGAGAAUCGUUCGAAACGUGAGGCUCCUAGCUUUGAAAUAAAGCCCAUGCCACUGCCCGAAAAGAUGGAAGAAGUAUUCGAAGCGACCCUGGCCAUUUAUGACCUACCUUCACGAAUGUACUACGAGUACGUAAAGUCAAUGAACAGUAGUUACGUUAACAUGAUCGAUGCCAAAGUGAAAUAUGAUCUUCAGUACAUCUCAAAAGCUGAAUUUGAUCGUCUUGGUGCUGAAACACAAAGGAAUGGCUUCCGGGCAGUUGAGUUGAAAGACGAUGAAAACUGCACGAGUCAGACUCCACCGUCAUACUUUCGACGAUGCCCUCAACGGUUUCAGCCUCGAACAACCACAGAGAUCAUAUUUACAUUUCAACUUCUGGACUUCCAGGAGAAUGACUAUCGCUGCAUCAAUUCGAGCACCAAUAGGGAACAUUUCUUCUCGGAAAUCGAAAGUUGCCUCACAGAUCGUUCCAAUUGGCCAAACUUGGUCAGUGGUCUGAGACAGGCUAACAAUUCUUUAGUCACCAUCCUCAUUGUUGCCUUUGUCCUGUUGACGGUUUUCUGUUUUGGCUACUACAAAUGGUGGUACAUUAGAUAUUUCCUAAUCAUCAUCAAGAAUGCCACAAUUUUGAGUUUCCUUGAUAAAGAAAAGGAAAAAGUGCGUCAGGGAACGUCAACUGAUGCCUUCACGUAUGAUGUCUUUGUGAGUUUCUGCGAUGAGAACAGAGCCUGGGUGCUAGAGGAGCUUCUGCCUAACAUCGAAGGCAGACGCGAAAUCAGUGUUUGUAUGCACGAAAGAGAUUUCCAGGUGGGCGUUAGUAUAUUGGAAAAUAUCAUUUCCUGCAUGGACAGAUCGCGAUGCCUCCUCCUUGUCAUCAGUCAGAGCUUCCUACUCAGUCAAUGGUGUCAGUUUGAGAUGCAUCUUGCUCAACACAGGCUUUUAGAAACGUGCCGUGAGCAACUUGUACUCAUCCUUCUGGAAGAUGUUCCUAAGAGGAAGCGCCCAAAGACAUUGCAAUUUCUUAUGCGCACCAAAACCUACAUUCGAUGGCCGACACCGAGUAAGCGUCGCCGAAAAGAACACGUAAAGGGAUCAGAUGAAAAGGAAGUACCCGACAAAUCCCUCCAGGAGGAACGAAAGUUAUUCUGGAAGCGACUCAGACGUGCCCUAAUCGCUCACGAAUGGGAAGGUGACUCUUCAAGUGUCUAAGACGUGGACAAAAAUAGGAUUUAUGUGUGUUCAAGUACCUGGUUAAUUGAUAAGCUACAAUUUUUUUUAUUAAUUAAAUAAUCUGUUGAAUUUUAACAAA